AUGGCUCCAAGUGCUGCAGUAUCAAGAACUGCCGCAAACUCCGUUUCUGAUGCGGCUCGUACUGAAGAAGAUCUUCAAGCCGCUAUUGAAAAACUUGCAAUUUUAAGAACUCCAGUAGGUCUUAAGAGUUCCAAGGAAAUCGAGACUCUUCAACAUGAUAUUUCCUGGCUCGAAAAGCUCCCAGAGCCUUCGAGAAAGAGAUUUGAAAAGUACGGGAUCGACUUGUCCAAGGGAUACCCAACCAUUCCCAAGAAUGCUGAAAUUCCAAAGUUUUUAGAUGAAGCCUUUGCCGUCAGAAAUAAGGAAGUUCCAUACAUUGAAAGAGGUAAGAAUGCCGACCCAGAAAAGAAGGCUCUCUUUGGAGCUGCUAAGGAAGUUAUCCAUUUGACCAAGCACAUUGGUACUGAAAUUGUCGGGUUGCAAUUGAACGACUUGACUGAGCAACAACAAGAUGAAUUGGCUCUUUUGGUUGCCGAAAGAAUCGUUGUAUUCUUUAGAGACCAAGACUUGGCUCCUCAAAAGCAAUUGGAACUUGGUAAGUAUUGGGGACAGGUUGAAAUCCAUCCACAAGUUCCUCGUGUUCCAAACACCGUGGAUGGUGAAAACAUCGAUGGGAUCACUGUUAUCUGGCAAGAUUACGUCAGAGCCCAUUAUGGCUUGAACCUUACUUUCAAGAACUCUAUUGGUGGUAACUCUCUGUGGCACACCGAUUUGGUUCACGAAUUCCAGCCAGCAGGUAUCACCCAUUUGCACAAUGAUACCGUCCCAGAAGUUGGAGGAGACACCGUAUGGUCAUCUGGUUAUGCCGCUUACGAUAAGUUGUCUCCAGCACUCCAAGAGUUCUUGGACGGUAAGACUGCCAUCUACCGUUCUGCCCACCUGUACAUUGACCGUGCCAACCCACUUGUUGGUCCAAAGCACAUUGAGAGAGAACAUCCAAUCAUCAGAACACACCCUGCCACUGGAUGGAAGUCCUUGUUCGUUAACAGAUCGAUGACCGUUAGAAUUGUUGGGUUGCAACCAGAAGAAAGUAAGAUUCUCUUGGAAUACUUGUUCAGUAUUUUUGAAAAGAAUUUGGACAUCCAAGUCCGUUUCAACUGGAAGUCCAAGGCUGGAUUAGGUACCUCUGCCAUUUGGGAUAACAGAAUUUCUCAACACAAUGCGGUUUGGGACCAUGAAGGUCAAUCUCCAAGACAUGGUACUAGAGUCACAUCUUUGGCUGAAGUUCCAUUCUUUGAUCCAGAAUCAAAGUCUCAAAGAGAAGCAUUGGGUUUGUCUUUGAACUAA